UCCUGGCCGGGCUCCGAGCCUCUCGCUCCCGCUCUGGGUUUUCGCGGGCGGCGGGAGCAGUAUGGCUCGCUUGAGUAAACUCCGGAGGGAGGGGGGAGAGGGGAGUGGAUGGGGAGGCGGGGUCAGCGGAAGCGGCAGGUUGCUUCCUUCUCCUCUCGCUCCCUCCCCGCCUCUCCCUGAGGGAGCGGUGGGAGGGGGAGGGAAGGGCAGAGGGAAGGUAGUGACACGUGUCAAUCAACCCCCCUCCGGGGGGCGCGCGCUCCGGGGCUCGCGCCGAGGGCUCGCGCCCCUGCCUCGUGCCUGCGCCGCUCGUAUGUAAAUGAGGGCGCGUGACGCGGGACGCAGAUGGACAAGGGAAGAGAGAGAAUGGCCGCUGCCGCCGCCGCUGCUGCCGCCGCCGCCGCCGCCGCCGCUCAGUGCCGGAGCCCUCGGUGCGCGGCGGAGAGGAGAGGAUUCCGGCGGGAACUCGACUCUUGGCGCCACCGUCUCAUGCACUGUGUAGGUUUUGAGAGUAUUUUAGAAGGGCUUUAUGGACCACGGCUACGAAGAGACCUCAGUUUAUUUGAAGACUGUGAACCAGAAGAGCUGACUGACUGGUCUAUGGAUGAAAAAUGUUCAUUUUGUAACCUACAGAGAGAAGCAGUCAGUGAUUGUCUACCAUCUCUUGAUUCUUCACAGUCAACACCAACAGAGGAACUAUCAUCUCAGGGCCAGUCCAACACUGAAAAGAUUGAAUGCCAAGCAGAAAAUUACCUAAAUGCACUCUUUCGAAAGAAAGAUCUUCCUCAGAACUGUGAUCCUAACAUUCCCCUAGUUGCUCAGGAAUUAAUGAAAAAGAUGAUACGUCAGUUUGCAAUUGAGUAUAUUUCAAAAAGUGGUAAAAUUCAAGAGAAUAGAAAUGGUUCAAUUGGACCAAGUCUAAUAUGUAAAAGUAUUCAAAUGAAUCAAGCAGAAAACUCCCUUCAGGAAGAACAGGAAGGCCCCUUAGACCUCACUGUGAAUCGAAUGCAAGAACAAAAUACUCAGCAAGGGGAUGGAGUGUUAGAUCUCUCUACAAAGAAAACCAGCAUAAAAUCUGAAGAGUCAUCCAUAUGCGAUCCUUCUUCUGAAAAUUCAAUGGCUGGUUCAACUGUUGAUCCAAAGUCAGAGGAAGCUACUAAAAUGGAAAAAAGAAAAUCAGCAUUAAGCAAAGUUUUGGAAUCUUUGUGCAUACAUCACCAGCAACAAGUUUUGGCUAUGUUGAAAUUUCUAGUCCAAGAGCAGAAUGCUGCUUCUCUUUGUUGUUGUAAUACGUCAUAUACUGUGUCUUCAGAAUCUCAAAAGCCCCUGAGUGAAGAUGAUUUACUUGGUCUGUUCUGUAGUUGUGAAUAUAGACUGGCAGAAAGAGGGUGUUUACAAAAUGAAAGAAAAAGCCCUGGUUUUAUGCCUCUGCCAGUCUGUAUUAAAGAUUUACAUUGUUUAUCUUGCCAAACUGUAACUGUUGAACACAUUAAGACAGUAGUGAGUAGAGGAAUUGGAAACAGUUAUCAUUCUCACAGGUGCUGUUCUGGACUCUUACCAAACAUUCACUCUACAAAACCAGGCUUUCACACUCCUCUUCCAUCAAGGGAAGUAUGUGACGUUUCAGUCAGUCUUAAAGACGUUUGUAGAUCUCGAAGUCCCUCACCUCCACCAUUAUCACCUGUACAGACUGAAGGAUUUGAAAAAUUGAAAGACGUCAUCUCAGAGCUUUCAGCCUUAGAAAAUAACAGACUUGAAGCAAACAUGAACCAGCCUCCAUCUCUCACACCAGCAGAAGUAAGCAAUGACAAGGGUGACCGCGAAAGUAAAAUACAUAAAACUGAGAAAUUCGGUAACUCAGAUUCUUCACUCUUGGAAGACAGCAAUAAUUGUACUACAAAUCAUGAAAAAGGGGAAACUACUGUAAUUUUUCAAGAUUUAAUGGAUCGUAUUAAUGAAAAAUUAAAAUCAAUAGAAACCACAGAUAUGACAAACCUUAUAAAAUUAUCUAGCAGUGAUUGUAAUACUGAUAAUGAUUUAAAAUUGAGAGAUUUAAUAACCUCUCUCUUGCAUAAUGCAAAGGCCAGUGAUUACAGUUUUAUGGAAUUACUUAGUCAACAUGAUAAAAAGGUAGAAAAUAAAAUUAUUCAGACAAGAUUUCGAAAACGUCAAGAAACUUUAUUUGCAAUGCACAACUCUCCUGAUUCACCCAUGUUUAGAAGGCAGUCUUUACAGAUAAAAAGAGAACUUGCUAGUCUUGAUGAAAAUUUUAUAAGGAAAAAAUACACUGAAAAAAAUUCAAGGAAAUUGAUGUGCAAUGGUGAGAUAUCUUCAAUGGACAAAGAAGAAUUCUAUCAUUGCCAAUCACCUUUACAAAAUUCUAGAAGCCUUCAAGAAAACAGUCAUGCAGAAACAUCGUUUUCACCAGAUGAUACAUUACAAUCAUUGCAACUACCUCUUCAUAGUUUAGAAACUAACUUCGCUUUUGAUGCUUUUUCAGAAAGCUUUAAGACAACUUCUCAUGAGAAAACGAGCAUACGAAAAUCACAGGAGAAAUCUGCAGCUGGAAAAAUUUUUUUGCAAAAUCAUAAGGAGAACCCAAAAUUAGAGACUACUCAAACUCCUUUGAAAAGUGAUGUUCCAGGACUUUUGAGUAGGGCUAAACGGAAUAUUGUGCCUCCAGGGUGGUAUUCUAUAUACGUAACAAAUAAUUAUAUUUUCAAAAACUCCCCUAAGGCCAAAAAAGUUUCUGGAUCUACAAAAAAAAAGGAUCCAGUGAAAAACAUUCAGGUUGAAAGCCCACACAAUAUAGAUCUAAAUAAAAUUGCAAUGAAUUCUAAUUUACAAGUAGUUGUGGAGCGUUUGGAGGAUACAAUAAAUAUGGCCAAAAAGUCUUGGAAUAACCAGUCGUUAUCAGAAGGAUUUAAAGCACCCAAGAAGUUGAUAGAAAUUGAUGGUAAAGAUCAAAAUCCUGGUAGAAAUAUGACUCUUACUGUAAGCAGAAUGACAUGCAAAGAGCAGAGUUUAUCAAAAGCUGUUGUAGCAUCCAGCAACUUGAUUAGAAGCAGUCAUAUACCUACAAUAGAUUUGAAUAACAAAAAACUUGGUAAUUUGAAAAAGUCAUCUAUUUUAGAUACUAGUAGCCUGAUUUCCAGUGUUGAAGGUGUACCAACAAAAUAUGAAGCCAUUGAGAGCUCUUUUUCCAACUAUUCUAGUCCUAUCAAACUUAUGUUGUUAUCUGAGGUUAAAAGCAGUGAAGGAGUCAAAUAUACUUUAACUUCAGUUGGUACUUCUGAAUCAAAUAUUGAUCUUCCUUCUGAAAAACAUCCAACUCAUCAUGUAAUUGAAAAAAAACCAGAAACAAAUAAGGAUAUCUCAAAUGGUAACUUGGAAAAUUAUAGUUCUGGUCUUAAUGAUUGUGACACUCUACAGGGAGAACUAAAAUGUAAUUGUGCAAAAGAAACUGCAGAAUCCUGUGCAAUGUUUAUAGAUGAUAUGAAUAAUGAUAAGACACAAGAAGAACCUAAGGAAAACUCAAGCAGUGCUGUUGAUUCAUCUUUUAAAAGAAAACCAGGUAGACCUAAGAAAAUAGGUCCCCAGGUUGUGAAACAGAUUAAGCGGCCAAUUGGAAGACCACCAAAACCUAAAACUGAUCAAACAGACAUCACUAUUUGCCAAAAUGAGUCCUUCAGUGCUAGAAAGAAAAGCCCAGAAUCUCUCAUAUCAGAAGUAAAAGAAGGUAUUUAUAAGAAGAGUAUUACAGUUACUGUUAUUUAUGGAAGGUCAAGAAGAACUAAAAGACAUGUUUCUGAAGGGAGUGUAAACAUAAGCAAUGUUAUGUCUUUAAACAAUAAUGUUGCUGAUUUUCCAGCUGAAUAUAGUGGUCUCAGAAAUAUUAGAGAAUACGAAAUUGACUCGGGUGAAAGAAUUAAUGCUGUUUCCAGUUUGACUACUGAAAGUGAGAUCUUGGGGUCUGGCUUUGAAUAUGUCAGACCUAUCAAGAACAAAUCUGUGAUACCUCAACUUUCCAAGAACAUCACUCGACCAAAUCAGAAGCCUUUGGCAAUAAUUAGGAAGCCUGGUAGACCUGCAAAAGUGAAAAUCUCUGGCAUAUCUGUGACUAUUAACAGAAUUUCACCUCAGGAGAGAGAAGUAAGUAUUAGCAGCUGCUUACCUCCUUUAGAACAAGAGAAUAUAUUAGAAAAAAAGCUGCCUGAAGAAAAGUAUGAUCACCAAUGCAAGAAGAUCGAUACAAGGCACACGGAAACUGACAUAUUUAAGAAGGGAUCAAAAAGCAUGGUUGCUACUAUACCAUUGAGACAUUCUAUUAGGAAUAGGAAACCAUCUCUGCAUUUCUUACAUUCAUUAGCAUCUUCUAGCUCACUAAUUUAUAGAAAUGCUCUGCUCCAUAAAUCAUAUAAACUCCAUUUGCAGAAAGGUAAAAGUCAGAAGGAAAAACAUAGGCAGUCAAGGAUAAAAAUAGCUUCCAAGUGUGCCCCAGGAGCUAGAAAUUCAAGGAAUGCAAAAAGGUGUUUGGAAGAUAAGUUACUACCCAUUUCUGAAGUAUCCUUGGACCCCAUCAUUUCAUCAAACCCUUUGCUCAGAUGGUGGGCUGCUUCUACUUCCAAUGAUUCCUUAUUAGAAGAAUUAAACAAUAGAUUUGAGCAAAUAACAAAUGCUUGGGUGCAAGUGAGUGGAGAUGAAGCUGAAAAUUGUGUUCAUAAAAGAAGAGAACACAUUGACAAGGAUAGUUUCAAAAUAGCAAACCCUUUGGAAACCUGUCUUUUAGAACUUGAAGUUUCACCUGUAAAAAUGCUUUUUCGGAAAAAGUAUGAUUUAAAUGAACUCUGUACCUGGUUUAUGCAAACAACAGAAACACAGUCUCUUUCACUAGUUAGAAAAGCAAAUGCUCGAAACCCUUUGGAAGUAAUAAAUACCAGAGGAAUUAAAUUAAGGACCAAAUAUUCUGAUUUUAGUACCAGCCCCUUCAGAAAGCACUUUAAAAAAUUUGCACUAUCUUCUCCUUCAAAAUCAGCAGGGAAGUUGCAUAUACUGCAUAAAAUGGUUAGUUCUCCAAUCUUAAAUGUGAAGAAUAAUUUAACACUAGCUAGAUUAAAAAGAACUGAGUUUAAGAGGUUGCAGCAUGAAAGGUGGAGAAGAGAGGGGAAACUGCUCAACCAAGGAACAGUGGAUUGGAUCUCCAAAAGGAGGAACUUGAGAUUUUUCUGCCAGAACCAAUUUUUAAAUAAGACUGAGGGGGGAACAAAUGCUGACAUCCCACUCCAAGGAAAAAACACAGUAGAUAAUCAGUUUAUUUUACCACCUGAGAUCAGGGAUGACUUUUUGCAACAAAGGGUGGCAAUGUCUGACUUCAAAACACAUGCUAGAUUAGAGAAUAAAUUUAAGUCAGAAGCAAAGGAGAAUGGAACAAAUUACAGUCAAAAAGAUUUUGAAAAGGGACUAAGACUAGGAAAUGUAUGUUCAAAUAAUUGGAGAUCAAAAACCUUAAAAGAUUGUAGAAUAUUUUUGAGGAAGAUCAACUAUCUUGAACACAGAAAUACUUUUAAGUUAAAUACAAUAAUUUACUCUCCUGAAUCUAUUGACAGUGGAAAUAAUCGUCAGACUCAUAUAGAAGAAUCGAGGCGCUUUACCUUAAGAUCCCAUUCUGCUAGGCAAAAUUCUUUCAAAAAGCAAUCUAAAGAAAUAGAAAAUGCUAAAGCAAAUAGUCCUUCAACUGAAAAAUUUCCUGACCAACUUGACAAUAGUAAAUUAAAUAAAUGUAUUAACUAUGACAAGAAUCCUUCUGAUAGUUCCGAAGUUCUUAGCAAAUUGAACAAAAGAAAAAGACCACCAUGGAAGACCACAGAAAUGUCAACAAAAAGACAUAAACGACAGUCUUGCAACAGUGGACAAAUGGCAAACUAUUAUUCAAAAUCCCAACUAGCAUGCUACAAAUGAAAACUGAUGAGAAACUGAAUUUGUCUGAUGGGAAUACAGCAAGUUGCCCUUUGAGCCCUAUUAAGAUGUGCCUUAAUCGUCCCAUUGAAUGGAAUCUGAAUUUGACAGCAGCAUCUGUAGCGAGCUGUA